UUUUACAAUCUGUAAACCCAAUUACUACAUCUUUGAAUAUUAAAUGCUUCUUCCUUUUCCAGAAACUCAUAGAUUUAGAUUUUGAUUCAGAAACAAAGAAAGAUGACAAGGGGAUUGGGUAUGGGAGGAACACAAUCUUAUGGUGAACCUUCAUACUGGAACAAGAGAUACAAAGAUGAAGAUUCUCCCUUUGAUUGGUACCAGAAAUACCCAGCUUUAGCACCUCUUAUUCAUCUUUAUCUUUCUCCUUCUUCUUCCAAACACAUCCUUAUUGUCGGUUGUGGCAAUUCCACAUUUAGUGAAAGCAUGGCAGCUGAUGGAUUUGAGGAUAUUGUCAACAUUGAUAUCUCCAAUGUAGUGAUAGAGGAGAUGAAAAAGAAAUACACAAACCACCCGAAUCUAAAGUACGUUACUAUGGAUGUUCGUGAUAUGAGCGAAUUAACCGGCUCAUUUGAUGCAGUCAUCGACAAAGGAACUCUCGAUUCUAUUCUGUGUGGGAACGACUCAAGGGAGAACGCUACUAAGAUGCUUAAGGAAGUUGGGCGGGCCCUCAAGGACAAAGGAAUAUACAUUAUGAUUACGUAUGGAGCACCUUCCUACCGACUAAACUUAUUGAAGAGUACAUACAACUGGAAGAUAAAGCUUCACGUGAUAGAAAAAACCCUUUUUGGGACAAAAUCAGAAGACCAGCAGAAAUGGGAGCUCACAAAACCUAUUCCCCUCGAUCAGGAGGGGAAGUCCAUAGAAGAUAUCAUCGGGAAGAACCCGGAUGUUCAUUACAUAUAUGUUUGUACCAAAGAUGUCUCUUUGGAACACGGAGAAAUAGAUGCAUCAGUAGUUGCGUAAUAACUAUCUACUCCGCGAUUCUCAGCUUAGUUAUUCGGAGUGCUUCAGGCUUUUGCUAUAUUUCUCUACAGAGUAUUAUUCGUGCGUGCAAGCCUGAUCGAGUAGUUGCAAGACAUAAAGCUAGAUAUAGCUAAUCCUCGCCAUCUGUUGAGCUUAUGUAUUUAAAUUUGGUAGAUUUUUGUGAUGAUUCUCAGUCCCGGGGCUGAAGUUGGACCGAUAUGAUCAGCUCACAUUUCAUAUAGUUGAACUUAUCCAACCUGGCCCGGCCCCACCCCACCCCACCCCUAUUGCUGUACGCUUUCAGUUUGUAUCAAGCUCGUAUGGGUAUGCAGAAUGGUAUUCAUGAAAAGCUAUUUCAAUGAGCAGAUAUGAUGUGCGAA